AUGCUUAUAGUGUUAAUUUGGAUAGCAUCUACAGUGGACGUUCGGAGACUGCUGGAUAAACACAAACGGCAUCAGCCCCUAAAUCCUCUAAUGACCUCCACGAACACCGGCUCCCUCUUUGGCGGGGGUGGCUUAGGAGCUGCUACGCAAUCAUCGAGUCUCUUUGGGAACCCAUCUGGGACGCCGGGCCUUGCAGGUGGAACAAGUUUCGCAAAGCAGUCGCAAGCGCAGCAGCAGCCUACUUCGAGCUCGGUCUUUGGACAAGAUCAAACACAGACGAAUGCACCGCAAUCAUCCAGUCAGGCGACUCAACCUGCCUUUUUUAACAGUUUACUAGAACGCGGUAAAAAGAGACCAAUUUCUGCAAUUGCACAAAACGGCAACUUCGAGGAGCUACCGAGUCUUCAAUUAGGUCUGGACGACAUUCGCAGAAAGGCCAGGGAGCUUGGUGCUGGUGGAUCAAAGGAAUUCCAACCUCAUGUACCACACAGCAAAGCCCAUUACUUGCUUGCGGCUUCAGGUGUAUCUCCUGGCCACGCCUUACGGGAUCUGAAGGCUUUGGACCCUCAGGCAUCUGUAGCGACACCGCUGAGAGAACAAGAUUCCUUUGACCCAGACAAUCAAAAAUUCUUGAAAAACAUACAGCAGCGUGGCCGUCAGGUGAUGAUCAAUGAGAGCCUUGCUCGGACCCAGAGAGACUUUGACUCGUUCUUGGAAGAGAAGGUUGACAUGGAUUGGGAGGAACAACGCCGCAAGAUAUUUCAGCACUUCGGGCUGGCGCAAAAGGACGAUGGCGCUGGCGAUGUGAGAGAGAAAUCCGUCAUCGGGAUCCCAGGAACAGGAACAGCAAGCAUCCGGCUCUUCGAAGAUUCUAUAGAACGCAAUGAGGGCGCGAGUGGUCACUCUGAUCUUCGCUUCUUGCGAGAAAAAAUGGGCUAUUAUGCAGACAAGGUUCGGCUGCUAAACUCUGCCAGGCUACAGACUAGAGCAUUUCCGGUCCUUCAUGAGUUUUCUGAUGUUGAAGGGCAUGCUGGCGGCGAUGUAACUCUCGUGGAACGUCAUUUCGCCCAAGAUUACUUGGAUGACAGCCCAAAUUCGCGCAGAGCAGUAAGUCUGCGGAAACGGAUUGUUGAAGGCUCCAGGUCUUUCCUGGAGAAGCUCUUCUACGAUGAUGUCGAGAAUGUGAUUACCAAAAACCCUCGGGAGGCGCAACUCGGUGGCAUACCAACUGUGACCAAUAAAAUCCGUGCCUAUAUUCGGCUCAGAGCAGCACGGAAAGACCUUGCUCCAGAUGGUACGGAGUUGCAGAUGGUUGGCCAGGAUUAUUGCUGGAUUCUUAUUUUCUACCUCCUCCGCUGUGGUUUCGUUACCGAAGCUGCAGAAUAUGUGAGCCAGGAUCCCGGCUUUCGGUCAUUGGAUCACAAAUUUGUCACAUACAUGACUACAUAUGCGCAAAACCGACGGUUGCCUAGGGACCUGCAACAAAAGAUCAACGGCGAAUAUCAACAACGGUCUCGCAACGCGCCUGAUAACACGGUUGAUCCUUACCGUAUGGCUUGCUACAAAAUUAUUGGGCGUUGUGAACUUGGCCGCAGACGCUUAGACGGUAUAAAUCAAAGUGUUGAAGACUGGAUGUGGUUACAGUUUAGUAUGGCUAGGGAAGAUGAUAGAGCGGAGGAAAUUGCUGGCGAUGUUUUCGGGCUCGAAGACAUUCAAGCUGACAUCACAGAAAUCGGUCAGAGAGUAUUCGGGAAAGGCCAAGAGGGACCUGGAGGCUAUGGAACCUUUUUCUUCCUGCAAAUAUUGGGAGGAAUGUUCGAACAGGCUGUUUCAUACCUCGGUUCUUAUGCUCCGAUCACAGCUGUGCACUUUGCCAUUGCCUUGGCUUAUUAUGGUAUCUUGCGCGUCUCUGAUUUUUACACGUCAGGUGAAGAGAUAUUGUCCUUUACUGUAAAGCAAUACCCACAGAUCAAUUUCGGCUAUCUAAUCACACAAUACACCAGAGAAUUUCGGACGGGAUAUGUGGAAGCCGCAAUUGAUUACUUUACGUUGUUAUGCCUUAACGCCGACCUCCCCGGAGCUCUGGGUAAAUCUCAAGCUUCUGUGUGCCAUGAAGCAUUGCGGGAAUUUAUUCUUGAGACUAGGGACUUUGCUAAGUUGCUGGGCGACAUCAGAUCAGACGGAAGCAGAAUCAAGGGGCUGAUUGAACAACGUAUUAGCCUGAUCAAGCUAGUCGAUCAAGAUGAGUUCCUCAAGACGAUCACUCUGCAAGCAGCAGCUAUCGCCGAUGACAAGGGUCUUAUUACGGAUGCGGUCCUAUUAUAUCACCUCGCUGAGGAUUACGACCGCGUCAUUGAUAUCAUCAAUCGAGCGCUGUCUGACGCCGUUGCUGUAGAACUGGGCGGACCCGCCCUGAAAUUGCAGCCUUUGAGGCCUCGGACCGAUGAUCAUGAGCUGGAAGCCGGUGGCAGUCUCAGCUUAACAACCGUGGAUAAUCCAGUUGUUCUGGCAAGGAAUAUGAUUGGGUUGUAUAAUGCAAACGCGAUGUAUUACCAACGAAUCCGUCAAGUCAAUCGCGAUGCGUGCGGAUUGCUACUUAGGAUGAUGGAGGCCAAGUUGGAAGUUGAGGCAGCAAAAUGGACGCCGGCUCUGGAUGCUAUCAAUGAUCUGAGCAUUCUGCCGUUGCGAGCCCGAGGCGCCGUUCCCUACAUUAGGAGCGCUGCCCAAGCCUUUUCGUCCUUCCCGCCGAUUAUUUCCCAUAAUGUCGGCCAUGUGAUCAUGUGGUGUAUCACAUGUAUCGGUCAUGAAAGGGAACGAUUAAAUUCUGGUACAUAUGAGAACGAAAUAAGACAGGGACUGGCGGAUGAGUUGCUCGUCAUGGCCAAGGAUCUGAUGAUAUUCUCUGGGAUGGUCAAAUACAAGCUGCCGCCGAAAGUGUAUGAGACGCUGGCGCGAGCUGGAGCAGAGAUCGGAGCUUAUUGA